GGAAAAUCAAACUCAGCGAGUGAUUACUUCGUGUCUCUCUAUUCUCUUUUCGUCUCUUACAAGAGAAUGCAAAUUUCAACAUAACCAUCGCCGGUGUAAACCGCUGUGAAGAUGGCGGUAACGGACUUCUUCGCCGGCGAAAUCGCCACCGAGCUCCUGAAAGUGCUAGUGGAGAUCGCCAGAAAGUCGGCCCUCUGUAAGGCCAGCGCCGAGCAGCUCAUAUCCUCCAUCCAAGUACUCCUCCCCGUCAUCCAGGAAAUCAAGUACUCCGGCGUCGAGCUUCCUCCGGAACGGCAGCGCCAGCUUGACGGUCUAUCCGAGACUCUCCGCACCGGCCUGGAGCUGGCCGCAAAAGUCCGCGCCUGCCGCCGCUGGAAUGUCUAUAAGAACUUCCAGAUGGUGCGCAAGAUGGAGAAGUUGGAGAAGACGGUUUCCAGGUUCCUCAAGGGCCCUAUGCAGGCGCACGUGCUUGCCGACGUCCACCACCUCCGAUUCGAGUCGGCCGAGAGGUUUGAUCGGCUGGAGGGAUCCGCUCGGCGCCUCGAGCAGCGACUCGGCUCCUUGAAGAUUGGGGCCUCCGGCGAGGGUUCCGGCUGCGGUUGGUGGUUGGAGGAGGCAGCGAAGAGGGUGGAGGGGGAGCGGUGCGAGGACAGUUUGGAAAAUUUGGGGCGCGGCAUCGUCCUGGCCAAGAGGAAGGUGAAGGAGAUGGUUAUUGGAAGAGAUGAUCUGAAGGUUGUUGGAAUCUGUGGGAUUGGUGGCAGUGGUAAAACCACUCUUGCUCGAGAGAUUUCUCGAGACAAUGAAGUUCGAAGUUACUUUAAUAGCAAAGUUUUCUUCCUGACUGUAUCACAAUCUCCGGAUGUGGAGCACUUGAGGUUAAAGAUUUGGGGAAUGAUAACAGGACAUAACAUGGAUGGUUCUAGUGACGUGAUUCCCCAAUGGAUGCUCCAACAUGAGCUUCGGGUUGUCGUGAAAACUCUCGUUAUUUUAGAUGAUGUUUGGUCCCUUCCGGUUCUUGAACAGCUUAUUUGCAGAAUCCCUGGAUGCAAAACCCUUGUUGUGUCGCGAUUUAAAUUCUCUCCAUCUAUUAUCAACUGCACCUAUGAAUUGGAAUUGUUGAAGGAAGAGGAAGCCCUGUCCUUGUUCUGCAACUCUGCUUUCGGACAAAAGUCCAUUCCUCUUGGUGCCAACCAGAAAUUGAUCAACCAGGUUGUUGAUGAGUGUAAAGGGCUUCCCUUGGCUAUCAAAGUGAUUGGAGCCUCCUUGAGGGACCAGACUGAAAUGUUUUGGAUGAGUGCGAAAAAUAGAUUAUCGCGAAGCCAACCCAUUUGUGAGUCGCAUGAAAUCCGAUUGCUUGAGAGAAUGAAAUUGAGCACUGAUUACCUGUCAGAGAAGGUUAGGGAGUGUUUCCUGGACUUGGGUUCUUUCCCUGAGGACAAAAGGAUCCCACUUGAUAUUCUCAUCAGUAUAUGGGUUGAAUUGCAUGAUAUCGAUGCGGCAGAAGCUUUUGCAAUUCUUGUAGAGCUUGCUGAUAAGAAUCUCCUCACCUUGGUGAAAGAUUCACGAUCCGGAGAAUAUAGCAGUUACUAUGACAUCUGUGUCUCCCAGCAUGAUGUGCUGAGAGAUCUUGCCCUUCAUUUGAGCAAUUGUGGGACUAUAAAUCAGCGAAGGCGAUUGCUUAUGCCAAGACGAGAGAAUGGGAUACCCAAAGAAUGGGAGAGGAAUAUUGAUAAGCCAUUUGAUGCUCAACUUGUUUCGGUGCAUACAGGUGAAAUGAGAGAAAUGGAUUGGUUCUGUAUGGAAUGCCCAAAAGCUGAAGUUCUCAUCUUGAAUUUCUCCUCGAGUGAAUAUUUCCUGCCUUCCUUCAUUGAAAACAUGCCAAAGCUCAGGGCAUUGGUACUGAUUAACCAUAGCACCUCGAAUGCAAUCCUCCACAACUUAUCAGUCCUUACAAAUUUGAGCAACUUGACAAGUAUCUGGUUCGAGAAAAUAUCAGUCCCUCAAUUCCCUCAAACAACGAUACCCUUCAAGAACCUGCAGAAAAUGUCUUUAGUCCUCUGCAAGAUCAACAACAGCCUUGAUCUGUCAGUAGUAGACCUCCCCCACCUCUUCCCUCGCCUUUCAGAGCUUACCAUAGAUCAUUGUGUCGACUUAAGUGAGUUGCCCCCGAGCAUUUGUCAGAUGCACAGGCUCACGAGCUUAAGUGUCACGAACUGCCACAGCCUCCAUGAACUGCCAUCCAACUUGGGUAAAUUGACUUCUCUACAAAUCCUGAGGAUAUAUGCAAGCCCUUCUCUGAGAAAACUUCCUCCCGGAAUUUGCAGCCUGGUUUUGCUGGAGUACCUGGACAUCUCUCAGUGUGUGAACCUGGAAUGCCUUCCUGAGGGGAUUGGAGGGUUGGCGAGGUUAGAAAAGAUCGAUAUGAGGGAGUGUCCACAGAUUACGAGCCUGCCAAAGUCUGCAGCAGCUCUGCAGUGCUUGCGACGUGUAAUCUGCGACGAGGAGUUAUCUUGGUCGUGGAAAGAUGUAGAGAUACCAAAUCUCUCUGUUCAAGUUGCUGAACAGUGCUUCAACUUGGACUGGCUUGCAGAGUGAACACUGCUUCUGUAUUGCUUCUUGUUAUGUUUUGAAGGCGGCUGGGGUUUGCCUGGUAAAACUCGCUCUGCCCUAUGGGCUCUCGUGUCGUGUGGGGAUGGUAGAAUGAGAAUGAGAAGGAAUCUCCAUGUUUUUUAAAUAGCAAUUUGCUUGAUGUUUAUUGCUGAAUAAUAUGGGGGUACGUAAAUAUGUAGUUAACAACCUCCUUGUGAUGUAUGAUUUUCAAAGUCAACAGAGGAAUUGGCUGAA